UCUCUCUCUCUCUCUCUCUCUCUCCAAUUAUCACUUUCGUCGCCGUCUAAGAAAGAUUUCUUGGGGGAUCACUUUCCACGCUUUCCAAUCCCCUUCUCCGCCCCCCCGCCCCCCUCUCGCUGCCGCUAAAUCGAUCUUCGUCAAGAAUCAACAAAUCUAUCCGGCGAUUAUCUGUGAGAACCUGAUGGAGAAUUCAAAAUCCGAUGAUAAUGGAGCCAAACCCACCUCCAAUGAAAACCCUAACAAUUCCGCGACUGUGUUAGUUGAAGAACAACAACAAGAACAGGCAGGAUCGAAUGACGUCAUGGUUAAUCAAGCGCGUCAGUCGACCCGAACUCCCUUCACCAACCUCAGUCAGGUCGAUGCUGAUCUCGCCCUUGCCCGGACCUUGCAAGAACAGGAAAGAGCGUAUAUGAUGCUGAGAAUGAAUGGUGAUGGGAGUGAUUAUGGUAGUUGGGAUGCUGGAAGCUAUGUGCAUGAGGAUGAUGAAGAUUUUGAUGAUCCUAGUGAAGAUGAAUAUGAUGUUACUGAUGCAGAGGAAGAGGAUGAGGAGGAUGAAGGUGACUAUGAGGAUGAGGAUGCGUUUGAUGUGCAUGCUCAUGCUGGGGAGGAUAAUGACUCAACUGUUGGUGUUGAAUUAGAUCCAGCAUCUUUUCCUAAUGAUGAGGCUUAUGCUAGAGCUCUACAAGAUGCUGAAGAUCGAGAAAUGGCAGCUAGGCUGUUGGCCUUAGCUGGGAUAAAUGAUCGGGAACCUGAGGAUUUGGAGGAUCAUGGUGGUAACUCCCAGGAUAUAUGGGAGGAGGUAGACCCAGAUGAGCUAUCGUAUGAGGAGCUGCUUGCAUUAGGUGAGGUAGUUGGAACUGAGAGUCGAGGGCUCUCUGCUGAUACAAUUGCCGCUUUGCCUUCAGUGAAUUAUAAGACAAAUAGCACUCAGGAUGGAAGUAAUGACUCUUGUGUUAUCUGCCGGUUGGAGUACGAAGAUGGUGACACCUUGACUGUACUUUCUUGUAAACACUCUUACCAUUCUGAGUGCAUAAACAACUGGUUACGAAUAAACAAGGUCUGCCCAGUUUGCAGCACUGAGGUCUCCGCAUCUGGAAACAGCUAGUACUGAGUUGGAGGGGGUCCUCUGUUAUAUAAGCAGCAGAUUUUCUGCAUAGGCAGCCAAUAGUGAACUCCAAACCAAAACUCAUUAUUUUUAAAAGUAUAUUGUGCUCCCCUCCCUCUUCUCCUCUCCUCUCAUAUCCGCUCGGGUAAAAGACUGUUAUCUUCCUCUGUAAUCGAUUAUUCUCACGCUUUAAUGUAAUCGACUUCCCCCCCCCCCUCCUAAUUUUACAUUCUCUUUCGGAUC